UUAAUAAAAAUAAUAAUAAUAAUUCAUAUUUAAGUUGCGUUUAAAUUUCUGUUUUAGACAACAAUUUUUUACAAAUGGAUGCAGCUCAUAAUCUCGAAGAUGAAAAGGAAAAAGCCAGAGUUUUGUUAAGAAAAACUUAUAAAGUUACUAUAAUAAUGCUAAUUAUUGGCCAGAUUCAGGUCAUGAUCGUUAUGGAAAUUGAUUCUAUUAAAGAGUUCUUGGGGCGUCAUUAUUACCUCAGUUUGAUACAGUUUUUUAUGAGCUUUAUAUCGAUACAACUUUAUGUUUUUUUUUAUCACAUUAUUGUGCGCACUUCGACUUGGAAACGCAUACUAGCUGGAAUUUGGACGUUCGAAGUCAACACAAUCUCCAUCAUGAAACCCGCCAAGCGUGCUCCUUAUACAAGUCUCCUUGUGUCCUGGGGUCUGACCUUCUUCAUCAUGGCAGUUAGUGUGAUAUAUGGCAAUAUCGCAGUGAAACAUCGCCGUGGACUUUUUGUCACUCGUCACAAUGUCAUACGCUGGAGCGAACGUCUCUUUGUGCUUACCAGCUUUGGCAUUAUUGUCUGCUCGGAAAUGAGGCGUGUGACUAUUGAAUUUCCCACACUUUUCGUGUACAGCAUGCUCUCUAAUAUAUUUGUGAUUAUCUUUGCUGCCUCGAUACGCAAGCCGAACUUUUAUCAUCUGGAUGCCAUCGGAGAUCACAUACUCAUCGGUCAGCUGUAUUAUCUGAACUUCUAUGCACUCUACAUGGGCUACGUGUGGACAACUGCUGCUGGCCUCGAGUUGGCUGGCAUUAACCCCAAGAUUUGAAUAUCUGUUUUGUGGCAGGGUUGCGUUGCAAGUUGCACACCUAGGCGCAUGUCCACAAAACAGCUGUUUGGCAAACAAACACACGAACACACAGAGAGAAGCGAAGCACAUUCAACUCCUUAACUCAGCCACUUGAUUCUCUACUCAGGCAAACGGACAAAUGUUUACGCUUCUCAGUUGCAAGUUGCUCAAAACUUACGUCACAUUCGUGCGGCGUGUGUAAACAAGUUUGCGUCUCGUGUUUCGGAACAUUGAAUCCUUCGAUCGAUAAAAGUUUUCCGCAGUAAAAUACAUACGAGUGUGCAAAAAUAAGAAAUGUGUAAAUAAUAAUAACAGUUGAGAUGUUUUGUUUUGGUUUUCAAUAGUUUUUCUACAAAAAAAGAUGUUCGCGUUUCUUUGUGGCAAACGUACGUUGCAAUACAUUUAGUUUCAACACCGAAAAGUUUGGUUUGUUUUUUUUUUUAUAACAAAUUACAUGCCAUUAAGUUUAUAUGUAUUAUAUAUAUAUAUAUGUAUAUGUAUAAAGUAUAAAUUGUUCCACACAAGUAUAAAUAAUUUAUAGAACAAUCGCGUUGUGUUGUGUGUUUGUCUGGUGUUUACAAUUAUGUGUAUAUAUAAAUUUAGUUUUCUUUCUUUCUUUUUUUUUUGUUGUGCUGCAAAAGGAAAAUCCUCUCACGUUCACAUACACACACACACACGCACAUUGACAUUUCAAAUGCCUCAUUAUUAUUAUUAUUGUUUUUUUUUAACGAUUUUCUUUACGAUGCCAACAAAG